AGACCAAAACAUGAAGCCAAGUGAGGGUGAAGGGAUCAGAAAGCUCAUUUCAUAUUUCUCAUUCAAUUCACGUCCAUAAACCUUGUUCCAUCCACGUCAUCAGAGACCAAAACCUCGCCACACCGGAAAUCGCCUCCGGUGGUGGAGGAGGUCCAAAUGCUCCCAAACAUACAUCAAUUUGCUCGUCUUGAUUCCCUCUCUCACAAUCUACAACCUGUUUUCCUUAAUUCCUAGCCCAUAUUCCAAAUCAAAUAUAAAAUUCUAUGAACCCUAAAAGUAAAAUCCGAAAUUAAAUGUGAAGGGAACUCUAAGAGGAAUCCAAACCUUAGGGGUUUGGUCUCUUUGCUAUCAGGCUACACUGUGGAAACAAAUUAUGAACGAAGAUGAUGAAUUUCAAGGGAGCAACGGACCUACAAAAUGGAGAGUUCAUUCAAUCUUGAGGCCGAUUCAAAUGGAUCAAGAAAAUACUAUAGACACAACAGGGAUCUCGUUCAAAAUGCUAUCCGUGAUGGAAGGCUGAAGUUUGGUGAUAAGCCAAAACAACAGAUGAGGAUCGAUUCGAACCCCAUGCAGCCAGUCGAAGCCCAUUAUGCUGAACCAUCCAUUGUGAAUGUGGUAGAGGUCGAAGUUGCUCCUGACGACAAUUUUGAAAUGGUGGAAGCUGCUGAAGGUUUCGACACUAAUAUCAACAUGGUUGAGAUUGCUGAUGAUCUUACAAACCAGAACAAAGUUGAAGUUACUGAAGGCUUUGACGACCAGAAAAAGAUGGAAGCUACUGAAGGUUUCGACAAAAAAGACAAUGACAAUAUUGCUGAAGGUGUUUUGGUUCGACAAGGAGCAAAUUGGGAUUGCUUGGGACAGCCAAGUGUGAAGUACGAUUAUCUUGCGAAAUACACUGCGCCUGCAAGUUCUCGUAUCGACAUCAACGCAAUCCAGCCAACAGGGUGGGGGAAUUUACCUUUAAGCAACAACGAAAAAACAAUUGAGACAACUGAGAAUCUCCCUAUCAUCAAAAAGAAGGUCACUGAAGACCUCACUAGUAAAAACAAGGCUACUGAAGGCCUUGAUCCUGAUCAAAUGAAGUUAGGUGAUGUCGCAGACUGCGUCAACACUAUGGGACCUUUCAGUAAAGAAGUCACAAGAAUCAAACCAGAAGUCGUGGAUGGUCUUAUGAAGCUUGUGAUCAGUGAAAUCCUGCGUAGGGUAAUGGAGGACCCCAAAAGAAAUUGGAACAAGUGUUGUUGCAAACAUGGUCCCAGGAACAUAUCUUGGUGUUACUGCCCAGAAAAGGAGUUUGACCAGAUACCAAGAGGUGUCGAAGUCGAAGAAGAAAGACUCAUUAAAAAAAUGAACGAAUUAAGCAUUGCUGACGGACGAAAUGUUGGGGUAAAUAUGGUGGAAGUAUCUCAGAGAAACCAGGUUGAAGUGGAUGAGGAUCGUCGUCGAAAGGAGUACCAAAGGCUGGCAUAUCCUAAAGAAGAGGAAAAUCUAGUGGAAUUCAUCAAGAGGUGCCAAAAGAUGGGAACUGAAGUGAUGUUAUGCCCACGUUGCAGUGCAAUCUUCGACAGCAAGGCAGCAACAAAUCUGGAAGCGUUGGAUAAAGCCAAGAGAAAAGAAAACUGGGGGACAACAGGAUAUGACCCAAGAAAAAGUGAUCAUCACCAAUGGAGGCAUGGAGAAAGACAUCAUAGCACUUACAAACCAUCCAACAAAGCAAUGGAUGACAAAUGGGUUCAACCCAUCAGAGACGCUCAAGGACAGAAAAAAUGGAGAAAUUUUGAAGUUCAGAGAGGCAUUUCGAUGGAAGGUAAGAAGGAAGUGGAAAAGCACAAGCCAAGACCAUAUCCUUCAGAAAACUACAAAGGAAAAAACCCUAUGUCAAGAUCCCAAUGGAGAAGAUUCCAAAGGCAGAAGAGGGCAGAAAAAGAAGCUGCAGAAAAAAGCGUGAAUGGAAAAGAUGCUGACAGCAAAGAUAAAGCAGAAUCUAGUAACAAUGUUCAGAUAGUAAGCAGAAAGGAGACUUCCCACCAGAUCAAUCCUGACAGCAUUGUCGAACCAGUGGUGUCGAAAGAGAAGAUGCAAGAAGACGACGAAAUAACUGACAACUUCGAAUCUGACUCAGAAGCGUCCUUUAAUGUGAUCUGCAAUGUGGUUUCUGUCCUCCCUAGAGAUUAUGAUAGAAUCAUGGAGGUCGAAGACAAGGAAGAUGAGAUGGAAGAGGAAAUAAUGGUACACAGGCCCGUUUGCUACUACGUCAUGAACAAUGGGUGCGUCGAAGAACAGAAUGCUUUCUUCGAAAGGCCAGAUGAUUCCAUGAAGGCACAUUUAAAGCCUUUGUUCAUAAAAGGAAAGGUGGAGAAUGUUGGUGUAAACAAGAUUCUGGUAGAUGGCGGAGCAGCAGUAAAUUUGAUGCCUCAUUUCAUGCUAAAGAAGAUUGGGAAGGAUGAUUCAGACGCAAAACCUCACAACAUGGUGCUGUCGAACUAUGAAGGAAAAGUAGGAACCACUAUGGGCGUUAUCCAGGUGAAUUUGACUGUUGGAACCAUAACAAGGCCAACAAUGUUCAUGGUCAUUGCUUCAAGGGCGAAUUACAACCUACUACUUGGAAGGGAGUGGAUUCAUGGUGUAGGAGUCGUACCUUCUUCAAUGCAUCAGCGAAUAGCCAUUUGGAGGCCAGACAGAAUUGUCGAAAACAUUAAGGCUGAUCAAAGCUAUUUCAUGACAGAAGUAAACAAUGUCAACAGUCAAAGUUUCGACAAGAACCUGGCUCACAUACCUCCGUGCAGCCCAACCGAAUUCGACCUAAAAGCAACAAACAACGCCUACUGCUCCAUGUACCUUCAUCCUACACAUGGUUUUCAGUGGGACAAAGAAGUAAUUGGCAAAUCUUACAUGUGGGGAACUACUCAUAUAGCGCCAACAGGAUGGGGAAGCGAAUUUGACGAUGACGAGUGA